CAGAUAAACGAGACUCAGAAUUAUAUAUAAGCCAAAAUUUGGUUGGGUACAUUUUGUACAACUUUCUCUGGUCGACUUUUCACAUUCAUCGAUACCUCCCAAGAAGGAAGCCAGUUUUGUUCUUGAAACCACACAAAUACGUAGUGAUGCUUCGAGGAAAUGUUUGUCGAUCGUUGGCUCACACCAUUUUUGUCGUAUCCUUCAUUCUAUUCACUGGCUGCGUAGUCCUCCACUACUAUGUCGAUCGAAUUCACGGUGCUGUAAUUGCACGCUUCUUCACCCUCGUCCCUGGUAGUCUUUUAUUUGAAAAUUUCAGCGGGAACAAUACAGCACUUAACACAUCACUUUACCUUUACAACUUAACCAACGAGAAAGCCGUUCUCAAUGGGGCCAGACCAGUUUUCACGGAAGUUGGACCGUUUCGUUAUAACCAGAUCAUACCAUUUCAAGUUCACGAUGAAAUGUCUGCGAACCCAUUUGUUGGUAAAGUAACUUCUUUGGAUCUUUUUACCGCAGCACUCGUGUUACAAGGUUUUAGUAUUUUAACAAGGGGUUUCCUGCUCGCUGCUAAGCCUUUUGUAACAUCAACACCUCAGGAAAUAAUUUGGGGGUAUACUCAUGAAAACAUAGAAUCGUGUUACGCCUAUGGACAGUGUCCGACUGAAAAAGUAUCUGUAUUUGUUAACGAGAAUGGGACAUCAGAGAAUGAGUUCGUUAUUAAAACUGGAGUCGAUGAUAUUAAUGAGCUUGGAAAAGUGGUGGAAUUCAAUGGCCAAAGUGUUUUAAAUGUAUGGAAAAGCGAAUAUGCGAACUAUAUCAAUGGGAGUGAUGGAUUUUCCUUGGGGCCAGGACUCACUGUCGGUUCGCGAAGAUAUAUAUUUGCCCAUGGCGUUUGUCGUUCUGUAAUGAUGGAGGCUACGAAAGAAGUACCCCACCCCGCUUAUCCUGCAUUAAAGGUGUUACUGUUCGAACCGGCCUCGGAAGAUAAAAUGGACAACAGUGUUUAUCCAUCACCACAGGAGUUUUGUCAAGGUAAGAGUUACGAACCGAAGUGUGCUCCUAAAGGUUUGGUGGCAUUAUCUCCCUGUUUAAAAGACACCAACUAUCUACCAAUUUACGGCUCACAAGGACACUUCAUCGAUGUCGACCACAGCAUUCGCAAUCGAUUUCGUGGCAUUCCAGAACCGGAUUACAACCUGGACAGAACAUAUAUGCUGGUCGAUCCUGUGACGGGAAUCACGUUGGGCGCUCACCAAGUUAUGCAGUUAAAUUACUACAUAGACAAUCCAAGUCUGAAGUAAGUCAUUGGCUUGUGCUUUUUCUAUUUUUCAGAAUAUUCUUGCACAUUCGCAUGUAGUGGGAAGAUGUGCGUCUAAUUAGCGAAUAAGACAGUAGUUACACUGUUCGCUUGAGUUGUGCAUACAUCCUGUUAAUAAGGUCGAAUAUUUUACAAAUCUGUGAAAAUCAUACUCAGAAGUGACGAAGGAGUCCUUGAUUGCGUUUGUGCAUUUACACGAUUGAACCAGUGAAUGAUAGAGUACACGGCUUCCAGUUAUUGAGUCCAGAUUCAACUGAGUCGAUGCGUUUUUCAAUGAGGUAGCCGAAGUGUAGAAUCAGACGCCGUGUGUUCAGUAGUGUUUGUUCUCUGAAAUAAUUGUUAGAUCAGUUGCGAUUACAGUGUAGUACAGCUGAGAGUUUCUAAGUACGUCGGCUGUUAAUUUAGAAUGAAGUGAUUUCCUUCCUUAGAUGUAUUUUCAGCGCAUGAGAACUUUUAGGUUUUCCAUUUGAUACAAAGAUUUUUGCAGUACCCGAGUAGACAUAUUAAUUCUUCAGGAGGACGGCCUGAUAUCGGCUAGAGAAAUACAUAAUGUGAUAUAGUGUGUCACCUAUUUUUCUAGAAUGGCUUUACUCGAGUUAGUAUCAUGCUCGAAUAUAGAGUUAGUAUCACGCAGAGCUUUGUAACAAAAAACCCCAAAAACGAAAUGGCCAAUUAACCUCUCCAUUUAUUUACCUCUUUCAGAAGCAUACCAUAUCAAAAUAUGGCUGGAAACCUGUUCUUUCCGAUUGUGAGAAUUGUAAUGGAUGUUAGCGCGGAUGCAGACGCCUUGAAAACAAUACACACUCUGGUUCACGGCAGCAAAUACUGGCUCAAUAUUGCAAUCUACAUAUUCGGUGGAUUGUGUUUGGUCGCGUUCUUCUCCACGAUGGCCGUAAUACUCAAAAUGAAUCGGUAUGUUUGAAAUAUUUCAGCGCUUUCCCGUUCCUAGGAAUUUUCAAUGGUGAAUUAUUACAAACGAAUGACCAGGUUUCAGAUGUUCUUUGUGCUUGUGGACAUCCUACUGAUUAACUUUGGUGACCGUAUAUACUAUAUUCUCCCGUCUACACGAUCAAUCGUGUGUCCAUGGCUUUUGACUGUCAUUGUGUGUCAGGAACUAUUCUUGUACCUCAAACGCCUUUCUGCCAUACAGAUAGAAAGAGAUAAGCUACCGAUUGUGUCGCUCAACCACCCCAAAAAAGACAUAAAAUCUGUUAAAAUCUGUGGGAUAGUGAAGGAGAUUCGGUCGUUUUGUUGGCCAGAUUACUUAUCACCCUCCUUAUGGAAUCUACA